AAAUCUGGUCAGCUAAUUCAUAUGAAUAAACAAAAAAUCACACUAAGAUUAGGACAACCUCUUGUUAUUUCCCCGCGUAGUAUUAUACAUGCUUCACAUGGAGAUUUUAUUCGUUAUAAAACAUCUGUAAUUACUUUAACAUAUCAACAAUUAAAAACAGGUGAUAUUGUACAAGGUAUACCCAAAGUCGAACAACUUUUUGAAGCUCGAUCA